CUGCUCAAACAGUUCUCUAAGGGUGAUGACAACGUGGUGCUAUUAAUAUUAUUAGUCAUUAAAAUAGUUGUUGUCGGACUUGGACAAUAUGCGAAGCAACGGCCAGUAGCACUGAGAAUUUGCUUCCUCUCACCGACGCAGUGCUUAUUACCUGUUGAUGAUCGGCGUUUCAAAAAUUUAUGGAAACGCUUCAUCUAUUCAUCUUCAUGUGGUGGAACAUGUCAUCUUUAA